AUUUUGGUAUCACGGAAGGUCAGCAAGACAACAGAGGAACCUGUGCAUUCAAUUACCAAAGCUCGGUGAAGCCGUAUGGAGAAAUCACCUCUCCAAACUACAAUGGCCUGUACCCACGGAACACAGAGUGCCACUAUCUGUUCUAUGGCAGGGGCAAGGAACGUGUCCAUAUCACCUUCUUAGAUUUCGACGUGGAUGGCCUCAACCCUAG